UGUGUGGGGGUGCGUGCGUCUAUGCACUAGUGUGUAUAUGUGUGUGUGCGUGCGUGCGUGCGUGUGUGCACAGGGAUGCACAGACGGCUCGUGGUAAUUUGAUGUGUGUCCCUGGGGAUGUUUGAUGGAUUAAUGCUAAGCAGGCUCCUUUUUCCAAAGGCACCACCUGAUCUUUGGGGGGCUCGUGCUCCAUAUAAAAGCCUGUACGACUGCUGAGCUCAGCUAGUCUAGCCAUCUCCUCUCUCUCACGCUGUCUCUAUCUCUCCACACUUUCUUUCCACCUCUUUUCUCUUCUCUCUCUCUCGUCCUUUGUCUUUUGCUUUUGCCGAGCAUUCGGACGGAGGCCAUUUGCCGGGGAAUUUUAACAGCGAGGGAAAUCACAGCAUCCUUUGGCAUCCUCCACCUCCAUUUUGGCUUUCACUGACUUGGGGCCUUUGCUGAAGUGUUGUCCUGAAGUAGCUGCAGGCCUUUGGCUUCUUUCAGUGUUUUUUCUUCUUCGUAUGAGGCACUAGGAGCAGGCAGUCAAGAAAAUGCCACGUUCCUUUUUGGUGAAACAACUGAAGGUUCAUGAUUUUUCCUCUAAUCAUCAUCAUCAUCACAGUCACCAUAACAACGUGUCGUACACACUCACACGGGCCAUCACAGAGUCCGCCACCAACUUGGCAGUCCGUUUGAGUGAAAAUGGCUACAUCCAGGAUUAUGUCAUCCCCUCAAUAUGCCCCGGCACAAAGGGCCCAGAUUCGAGGAGGCAGAUGGGGCCCUCUGGGCUCCGGUUCUCCCCAGGGAGCGCCGGGGGCAGCGGCGGGGAGGACUACUCCGACCACGACAUGGAGCAGCCGGACAGCCCCCGCUCAAGCGUGACCGCCGAGUCGGAUGGCAGCGGCUACGCGGUAGAUGCCUUCCUCAUCUCGGACGGCCGCUCUCGGAGAAGGGCCAACCGCAGGCAGCAGGACCGGCGCGGCGACGGGAGGGAUAGCAGCGCGGAAGCGGGCUCCCCGCCAGCCAAAGGGGCCAAGGCCACCAAAGGGAAGUCGGGGAAACCCAAAGGGCCCGGGCGCUACACAUGUGGCGAAUGCGGCAAGACCUACGCCACAUCGUCCAACCUGAGCCGUCACAAGCAGACGCACCGCAGCCUGGACGGCCAGCAGGCCCGGAAGUGCCCCACAUGCCACAAGGCAUACGUGUCCAUGCCGGCGCUGGCCAUGCACAUGCUCACCCACGACCUGCGGCACGAGUGCGCCGUGUGCGGCAAGGCGUUCAGCCGACCGUGGCUGCUUCAGGGACACAUGCGCUCGCACACCGGCGAGAAGCCGUUCGCUUGCGCCCACUGCGGCAAGGCGUUCGCGGACCGCUCCAACCUGCGUGCCCACAUGCAGACACACUCGGCCUUCAAGCACUACGACUGCAAGCGCUGUGGCAAGAGCUUCGCGCUCAAGUCCUACCUGAACAAGCACUACGAGUCAGCCUGCCUGAAGGGCCCUGGGGAUGAGGAGGACUGCUGUUCCGACGACUGAUCAGGGAUCGUUCUUUUUCAGUUUAAGUUACCUGGGUGUCUCUCGCUGAGGUAACGUGUCCUCUACGAGAGAAAAGGGUUGUACUUUUUUUAGAUCACGUAACAGAACAUUGUUUUGAACUGCCUGAUAACUGGAAGAUGGGGUAAUUUUUUGGGGGACAAAUCCAGAUAAAGGCACCCUGUUACAACGGAAAGCCAUGUUAGCGUCUUUGAGGAUUCCAUUUACCCAAACAUGGGUCAUUUGGUUUCUGAGUCCUGAUGUUCAGUUACGCGUGACAUCAUUUGUUCGGAAUUGAAACAUUUCCAGAAACUGCUAUUGGUCAAUAUUGCCAGUGAAGAGCGAACAUGGCUGCUAUAUGAAAUACUCUACACUGUCUCAUACAUGCAUUAUAAUGCAGCGGCACGACUGACCUCUCCAUGUAAACAUGUCACUGGACACAUUUAGCUAGCCCCCUACCUUGUUUACAUCCAAUUAAUUUAUUUGGAUGACUAAUGAAUACAACCCUGGACCAAAAGCAGUCCUCACCAAACAUCAUCCAUGUGCUGCGUUUUGGCUGAGCAGUAACUGCCACAGAGGACUGAAUGACUUUUUAAAAUGUGAAUAUUUUUUAUUCAAAUAUUUUUUAUGGAAUGUUAUUUAUUUACUUGCAAUAAUUUACAUUUCAGUAUUAUUUUAUAUACAAAUUAGCUCUUAACUUUCCUCAAACAUGUCUUCUAUGAGAAACACGUUUGUGUAUUUAUUUAUUUAUUUAUGAAAUUAUUAAUUUAUUGUUUUCAAUUUAAUGUCAUUAAUGUAUUUGAUUUCUGAAUUAAACAUCUUAUGCUGUAAUAUAUUUCUGGGACAAACGUAGCCUGUAGUAUAUCUGAUCUCAUUCAUAAUAGUAGUUAAUAUAUCCAUGUUCUAUAUAGGAAAUGCUUAAUCCCUUGUAUAUGAAUCUAUGCACAGGCUGUUAUCGUAAACCACAGUGUAAUAAUUAUACAUAAGAAGUCAGAGGGAAAUUGCUACACAAUUAUUAUGUUUGGGACCAUUAAUGAUUUGCCUUAUGUUAAGCUACAGUACGGCUAGUGGAUUUUAAUUGUACUCAACUUUGUAUGUAAUCGGGAAAGCCUUGAACUUUUUCAAUUUCCAAGUAAUAUUAAUUAUUAAAAGAUGAUAUUUUAACUAA